AUGCCCACCGUCUUGCGCACUAUACAGCAAGAAGACCGCCUCAAGUCCGAGACGUAUGUCAAGGAUUUUGAUGGGCUCACACCCAGCACCAGUCUAGAGCAGGUUCCCUCGCUGGGUGCACCCGCCGAGCACGUCCCUCGCAAGCGAUUUUGGCGACGACCAAGACGAGAUCCCGACAGUAUCGCGACGCAGCCAUCUGUGUUUGAUGAUCCUGCAACGCUCGAGCUGUAUCGUCCUCCAGCAGAGUAUGAAAAUGCUCACAGGUUUGAUCCAAGUGCACGGUGGACCUGGCGUGAAGAAAAACGACUGGUUCGCAAGAUAGACGGUCUCAUAAUGAUAUGGACUGUCUUAAUGUUCUUCUGCCUCGACCUCGACCGGUCCAAUCUUUCGCAAGCCAAUACGGAUGAUUUCCUCCAGGAUCUUCAUAUGACCACUGAUGACUUUAAUUUGGGAAACUCGUUAUUUCGACUAUGCUUUUUGAUUGCGGAGCUUCCCGCGCAAUUGAUUUCCAAGAAGGUUGGUCCAGAUAUAUGGGUCCCGUGUCAGAUGGUCUUAUGGAGCGUCGUCGGCCUGAGCCAGUAUUGGCUUUCUGGACGUAGCUCGUUCCUUGCGACAAGAUGUCUACUGGGUUUCAUGCAGGGUGGAUUCGUCCCUGACGUCAUUCUAUACCUUUCUUAUUUCUAUACGAAGACAGAACUACCCAUUCGAUUGGCGUGGUUCUAUAUCUCCAAUUAUCUCGCACAAAUCAUUGGUGCUUUCCUCGCCACGGGAAUCCUUCGUCUUGAUGGUGUGCAUGGUAUGGCGGGAUGGAGAUACCUCUUUCUGAUCGAAGGGGGCCUUACCCUACUUGUGGGGUUGUUAUCGUUCGUCAUGAUGCCCGCAGGCCCCACACAGACGAAGGCUUGGUACCGGCCUAACGGAUGGUUCUCUGACCGAGAGGAAAUUAUCAUGGUCAAUCGUGUUCUCCGCGAUGACCCGUCAAAAUCCGACAUGCACAAUCGUCAGGGACUCACGUUGACGAAGCUUGUCCAAGUGUUGCGUGACUGGACACUGUGGCCUCUGUAUAUUCUCGGACUGACUCAUAUGAUUCCCGUGACGCCACCACAGACCUAUUUGACGCUCUCACUCCGCAAGUUGGGGUUCAAUACUACCCAAGCGAAUCUCCUCAGCAUCCCUUCCACAGUCCUCGGCAUGAUCAACCUCCUGAUAUCAUCAUAUGUGAGCGAGCUGGUAGACAGUCGGGUCGGUGCAACGAUCAUAUUACAGUUCUGGGCCAUUCCACUCCUCAUCGCCCUCGAGACGUUCACGAAAAAAACUUCGCCUUGGGUGGAAUUUGCUGUCGUCACAUUGAUCACUGGCUAUCCUUAUGUCGUACCAAUACAAGUCGCAUGGACGUCGACCAACUCGCAUAGUGUGGGCACACGGACGAUCUCCGCCUCUCUAAUUACCAUGUGUAUCAACGCCGGCCAAAUUGUAUCGGCUAAUAUUUACCGGACUAAUGAUGCGCCACUAUAUAAACGCGGCAACAUAGACUUGAUAGCCAUCGCGGCCAUGAAUAUUGGCCUAUAUAUUUUCACAUUCUUCAUGUAUAGAACUAUCAACAGGAGACGAGAUCGUAGAUGGAAUUCAAUGUCCGCGGUGGAGCAGGAGGAGUACCUUAACACAACUAAAGAUCAGGUAUGGUCUUCACGAGUCCCUAGUCUCCCGUUCGCGUACUGA